CAGCCUUCAACCAUCAACCAUCAGCCCUCACUCCUGUUGUCUGCCUUCUUCAUCUUGCUUCCCAGUAGUGAUACCCAAAGAUUGAUCCAAACUGUUGGCAUUGCCUCCAUCUAAGCCUUACGACUGAUCACUUCAUUUCUUUUCUCCCCAAGUUAACGAGACAACCUCCCCCGCCAUGAACCGCGCUCUAUCCAUCCGCUCCCGCAAGAAGGAUGACCACGCGAAAGAGGCUCCCAAGCACACCUUUUCCAUUUCCACGCUGCGCGGCAUCCAACAGGCGGAGCUUUCCAAGAAGCUGUACAAGCUGAUCAAGACUGAGAACCAUGCCAUCGGCGCCUACGAGACCGCCGGCCGCGAACGUCUCUCGAUCGCCUCUCAACUCUCCGACUGGGGUGAGUCCACCGGCGACGAUGCGGUGUCGGAUCUGUCGGACAAGAUUGGCGUUAUCUUGUCGGAGAUUGGAGAACAGGAAGAUCUGUUCGCGCAAAACCUGGAAGACUAUCGGGCCAUCCUGAAGCAGAUCAGAAACAUCGAGGCCAGCGUACAGCCCAGCCGAGACCAGAAGGCCAAGAUUGCCGAUGAGAUCCAGAAGCUCAAAUACAAAGAACCCUCCAGCCCCAAACUUGUCACACUUGAGCAAGAACUCGUGCGAGCCGAGGCUCAAAACUUGGUCGCCGAGGCCCAACUCACCAACACGACCCGCCAGAAACUCAAGGAAGCAUUCGACGUGCACUUUGCAGCCACCAUCGAGCGAGCCGAGAAACAAAUCAUCCUGUCCAGAUAUGGCCGCCGCCUGUUGAACCUGCUUGACGAUACUCCUGUGGUGCCCGGAGACGUUCGCCAGCCAUUUGACCAGGCCGGUGAAGCCAGACAGAUCUUGGCCGAUGCCGAACAGGAACUUCUCUCAUGGCAACCUAACUUGGAGCCUAUCCAUUCCAGCGCAGGAAGUCUCGGUGCCAACUUGAUGCCUACAGAGCAGCGUGCGAGCGCAAACACAGGCGUGAGCACGGGCGCAGAAACUACGGGAGCAGGUUCGGGUGCCGGUACUCAGACCCAUUCUGAAGUGACUGAGCCACUGGCGCCGCCUCCUCCAACAGACAAGCCCGCGGCCGAAGCCCAGGGCACCCACUUGGAGCAAGCGACCGCCUAGAGGGUGGAGGCAUGGAAUGCUGAGCAGCGGCUGGAAAGGCAGAGGAAAUGGGAGCGACAACGAGAACGGCGCAAGGAUCCAGAAUGCGAGAAAGAAAGAAUCGAGCGAUAAGAGCCUAAUGUAGGAUCCCUACCUACGUGGGUAGGGCUCUUGCAGGGGGCAAGGGUGGAUACCGAUCGCAGUCUAGAGUGUAGGAUUCACGUUUUCGCCGUGUUUCGGCUGAAUUUCUUGUUUCCUCUGUCUGGUUGAGGUGGGAUAGUCGAGGGUGUUAAUGGUCAACCACGUAGCGACGACGAGGAGGAGCAGGAUACCUAUCACCGUUUCGUUUGAGUCUUUCCGUGGUUUGAUACGCAAGAUUUAGUUGUAUUUGAUAUGCAGUCACUAGACACCCAACCUCAUGACCAUUUCAUGUAUGGCUAUAACUAGUAGACAGUCUCUGCAAUUCGAAUUCUAAACCUCA